UCAGCGCUCCUCUCCUUGUCAGAGGAACGGAGGAAGAAAAAAAGGAAAGGAAGAAGUAGCAGUCGACUGUCCCUGCUGUUCACUCGCAGCCUCUCGGACAGCAUGAGACGCACUCUGCUCUGCUGACUUAAAGGAAGCUUUAAAUUGGAUAAUUAAAAAAGAUAUUAAGUCUUUACAACAAAACGGAAGGGCCUCGUUUCGGCGCGAACGAUCGUUCUAGCUAGUUAGUGAGCUAGCUUAGCCUGUUAGCUUAGCUGGACACCCACUCAGCCGUGUCCGAGUGUGCAGGACUUCACGCCACCGGGAGCGGGGAGACAUCCACCCGGAACUGCACCAAAACUGACCCGGGCUUCACAUUACAACUGCAGCUGCACGUGUCGGGUCCAAACGAGGCUUUUGCACUUAAAAGUUCAAACAAAAAUACAUCCUGCAAAACAAGGAAGUGUGAAUGAACGUAGCGCUGCAACUGCAUUGCAUCAUUGUGCAGGUUGUUUCUGGAGCUGCAGCCUGUUCAUCCGCCCAGCACUGCCGAUAUCGAUCAGCUGUGAAAGCAUCUGUGCGUGCGGUCGAUAUAUCGAUCUCUAAUUAACUAAAGUAGGCUGGAAGCGCGCUCCGCCGUUUCAGAGAUGAUUCCCGACAAGGCGCCGAAGGAAGACGUCUUCCACGGGUCCGAGGAGUUGAAGAAGGAGGCUCACAUUCCCAGCUUUGAGAAGUAUAAAGAGCUCUACCUGAAGUCCAUAGAGCAUCCCGACGAGUUCUGGGGCGACAUCGCCAAAGAUUUCUUCUGGAAGACCAAACACGCGGGUCGUUUCCUGGACUACAACUUCGACGUGACCAAAGGAGAAAUAUUCGUCAAGUGUAUGGAGGGAGCGUCCACCAACAUCUGCUACAACGUGCUCGACCGCAACGUGCACGAGAGGAAGCUCGGAGAUAAAGUGGCCUUCUACUGGGAAGGCAACGAGCCCGGCGAUGAGCUGACGGUGACCUACAGAGAGCUGCUGCAGAGGGUCUGUCAGUUUGCCAACGUCCUGAAGUCUCAGGGAGUGAAGAAGGGCGACCGUGUGUCCAUCUACAUGCCGAUGGUGGUGGAGCUGGUCGUAGCCAUGUUGGCCUGCGUCCGCAUCGGAGCCGUUCACUCCAUAGUGUUUGCAGGUUUCUCUGCGGAGUCUCUGUGCGAGAGGAUCCUGGACUCGCAGUGUUCGCUGCUCGUCACAGCAGAUGGUUUCUAUCGAGGCGAUAAACUGAUCAACCUGAAGCUCUUGGCUGACGAAGCACUGCAGAAAUGCAGGGACAAGGGUUUCUCCAUCCAGAGGUGUAUAAUGCUGAAGCACCUGUCCAAAGAAGCAGGAGAUGCUCCUCUGGGCUCUCAGUCUCCUCCCGCCAAACGGCCCUGCCCUGACCUGCAGCAGGAGAAACAGACAGGGAGAGUAAAGAAAACGCGUCCUGUCCCGCAGGUCCCGUGGAACCCUGAGGUGGACUUGUGUUGGCACACUCUGGUCCGUGGAGCGUCAGACGAGUGUGAACCAGAGUGGUGCGAGUCUGAAGAUCCUCUCUUCAUCCUCUACACCAGCGGCUCAACUGGCAAACCAAAGGGCGUUCUCCACACUCUGAGCGGCUACAUGCUCUACACCGCCGUCACCUUCAAACUGGUGUUUGACUACCAGCCCGGCGACGUGUACUGGUGCACGGCAGACAUCGGUUGGAUCACCGGACACUCCUACAUCACCUACGGCCCGCUGGCCAACGGGGCCACCAGCGUCCUGUUUGAGGGCCUGCCUACCUACCCGGAUGUGAGCCGUAUGUGGGAGAUUGUGGACAAAUAUCAGGUGACCAAGUUCUACACCGCUCCCACCGCCAUCAGACUGCUGAUGAAGUAUGGCAGAGAGCCGGUGCAGAAGUAUAAGCGAGACUCCCUGAAGGUUUUGGGGACGGUGGGAGAGCCCAUCAACCCCGAGGCCUGGCAGUGGUACUACAGUGUGGUGGGGGAGAAGAGAUGUCCGAUUGUCGACACCUUUUGGCAGACAGAAACUGGUGGACAUGUGUUGACUCCUCUACCUGCAGCCACACCCAUGAAACCGGGAUCAGCUACGUUCCCGUUCUUCGGAGUGGUGCCGGCCAUCUUGAAUGAGUCGGGGGAGGAGCUGGAGGGAGCGAGUGAAGGAUACCUGGUGUUCAAACAGCCGUGGCCCGGCGUGAUGAGGACCGUGUACGGAAACCAGCAGAGGUUUGAAACCACCUACUUCAAGAAGUUCCCUGGCUACUACGUCACGGGAGACGGUUGCCGUAGAGACAAGGAUGGCUACUAUUGGAUAACGGGGAGGAUAGACGACAUGCUCAACGUCUCCGGCCACUUACUGAGCACAGCGGAGGUGGAGUCGGCUCUGGCGGAGCACGAGGCGGUCGCCGAGGCCGCCGUGGUGGGCAGACCUCAUCCUGUCAAAGGAGAAAGCCUCUACUGCUUCGUAACGCUCACCGAUGGAGUGACGUACAGCCGCACGCUGGAGGCAGAGCUCAAAAAACAAGUGCGGGAGAAGAUCGGUGCCAUCGCUACACCAGACUUCAUCCAGAAUGCUCCAGGACUCCCCAAGACCAGAUCUGGCAAGAUCAUGCGACGGGUGCUCCGCAAAAUCGCCUGUGACGAACGGGACCUGGGCGACAUCUCCACGCUGGCCGACUCCUCGGUGGUCGAGCAUCUCUUCCAGAACCGAUGCUGCGUUGGCGUGUGACGGCCUCCGGGGGGCCUCGCAGGGAGGAGGCUCGGACUGCAGCCGCGCGCCGGCAGCCACAAACACAACCAGGGGAGAAGAGGAAGAAGAGACGGAGGAGAGACACAAUGAACUUGGUCUUGCCCAACAAACAACCUUUAGCUCCUGAUGAGUACGACCGGUGUGCAGCAGAGCCUGUAUCUAAAAUUAGCCUCACUGUCUGGAACAUCUGUCUGGUUACUGGCAGACGUAGUAACUUUAACAGCAACAAAGAAAGUGUGGGAAUUAAUAAGAACAUCAGUCGUUUGGUUUGAAUGUUUUCCAGAAGCUGACAGAGUUGCUGCUGUUUUAAAACAAACAAGGCAUUGGCGUGUAUGAGAGCGAGAAGCCAGAGGUUGUUUCUGGGAAAGACCGUCCUGCAGUCCAACUGUGUGGAAGAGGUAGAACAGGGUAACACUUCCUUUUGGUUUUAUCCUUGUUAGGGGGGUGGGGGGUCAUGAUUUUGCUCUCAAUUUCAAAAUCUAAAGCGGGAUCAGCAGUUCCUGCAGUAUUUUUAUUUUUUUUCUCUCACCAGCCUCGCCUACUUGGGCGCGUCCAAAGAAAACAACAGACCGGCUGGUAGCAUGCAGCUAAAGACAGCAGGGUAAUGUUAGCUUACCGGCUGGUAGCAUGCAGCUAAAGACAGCAGGGUAACGUUAGCUUACUGGCUGGUAGCAUGCAGCUAGAGACACAGGGUAGUGUUAGCUUAGCAGUAGCCUGGAAGAACUGCUUUCCUGACGUCACCGCGUGGCAACAUUUAGCCUUCCCCGUGAGAGAGUUAUGGAAUCAAAUGUCACUGCCCGAUGUGAGUUGAGUGCCGAUGUGAAAAAAUGCCGUUAGCAUCUAGUAGGCUACUUGAUUGCUAACGUUAGCUCAAAACGCCGUUAGCAUCUUGGAGGAUACUUGUCGCAAAGUGACGCAUGCGCGACUCACAUCUGCACUCGACUCACAUCGGGUAGUGACAGUAAACAACAAAGGUAAAGCAUGUGGGUUUCAACGGGACUCCGUGGUGCAUUCAUGUGCACCUCGUUAAACUAAUGGUGCAUUCAAAUGCACCUUGUAAACUCUGAGACACUCAAAGUGUUGUUGCAAAGUACCCUUCUGCCAUCUAGUGGCUCUUAUUGCAGAGUUGCCAUCCCUGUUUAGAAAAAAAAGGUUUAUAUUGAAUUGUGUGUGACCUUAAAAUUCGAAAGUGGAAUCGUGACCCCCCCUAAUCCUAGUGUUUAGUCAAAAUUACACAGCAAUAUCUGCUACUUAACUGCUCAGUGAAAGGAUACAGUACUGUGAGUUUUUUGUCAGUACAAUAGCUUUCCGGUGGUUAAAGUCGAAGCGUUUCCACACUGGAAUAAAGAUAACGUGAAGUGCUGCCUGUAUCUGCCCCUGUAGUUGUACAACAAGUUGUCUCCUCCCCCCCAAUCGCUGCCAUAGUACUGUUCUGUACACUGAUGAUUAACUAAAUCUGAGAACGCUCAAUAUUUCUACUAGUUUUCAUUUCUGAAUUGUAAUUUUCUAAAAAAAAACUAAGCAAAAAACAUGUAGUUUUGUGUAAUUAUUAUUAUUUUUUAUUCCAGCGAAGGUUUAACAUAGGAUGUGUUGGGUAUGUCUGUUAGUGUGUCUGCACGCUUGUACUGUAUGUUCUUUUUCCCUUUUUUGGGUUGGAGUUGCAGAGACGUGAUUGGGCUCUUGUGGAAACUGGGAAGGUGUGUUCAGCGUCUUGUAGCUCGGGAGACUCUUCUAAACUCCCCAAACCCGCUGCAGGUCUCAUGGAGAAUGGGUCUAGAAGUCUGACUUUACACUCUGUGAUUAAAAAAUAAGGUACCAAAGGGAGAAAAAAACCCAUCUCAAACAGCUGCAAUUAUGUGAGCGUAUGAUUUGAAUUGAACAUUUUUAUUUGGAGUUGACAGAUCUCAUAAGUCUGGAUCAUGAUACGGUACAUUUCUAAAAUUACACA